AUGGCAACGGCCUCAUCCUCUUCCAGCCUGUCGUCACCGGCUUCUUUUGUAACCGCGCAUGAUGUCACUCUCGACAAGUCUACAGCUGCCAGCAGCCCCGUGCAAGAUAACCCUUGUCCCUAUCGCGAUGGGCGACAAUUGCCCCGCGACUUGAAGUUGCAUUGCCAGAUUCUCCUUGAAGAACAACUAUAUACCUCCGCGAUUAAUCUCCUCAACAGCAUUGCCGCAUCAGGCGCAUCGAGACGCAAAUCCACAAAGAAGCCCGUUCCUAUACCUCCUCCAACCCACCUCGCCCUCCUAAACACACUUACCGUCCACCCUCUUCUUACUACGCGCGCAGAGAAGAAGAACCAGCUUGAUGUCUCCUCAUAUGCCUUGGAUUAUUUACGUAACAUCCUCAACCUUGUCGGUCCCAUCAACGCCGACUUCAGAACAGCCUUUCAAUUCAGUUCCGCGCCGCGCUGGGGUCGCGACAGCGACAUGUCUGAUGCAGACUCGAACGACGACGACGAACGACUCAAAGGCAAGCUUGCAAACGACAGCAGUGUGUGGAAUCGCGGGCAAGACUUUUGGUCAACCAUUGGUUGGGCGUUUAACUGCAGCACAUUGUAUCCAGCAAGAUGGCGAUACUGGAGAGCUUGGCUAGAAUUCAUGUUGGAAGUCUUGGAGGCCGACUGGAACGAACGCGAGCGACGCGAUAAGGAAGAACAGCAAGCAAACGGCCCAGAGAGUGGAAUGCCACGGACGUCACGCGAAGAUUCCAUCAUUGUUACGUACAUGAACCAACAGAAUGGGCGUCAAAACGGAGCCAGAGGAUUUAUCAAAGCCUUGUUUGCAGACGGAAGCGAGAUAUCGUCAUCGGCAUAUCGGGAGGUAUUCGACAAAGAGCCCAAAGGCCCACGCAAGGAGUCUAAGAAACGAAAGCGGGAGCAAGUGCUUGACUUGGAGAACGGUAAAUUUGGCGACUAUUGCGACGAUGAGUCCAUGUCUUCGGGUGUUUCUGAACCACCAACCCCUCAGAAACCCAAGGAUUCACGAAAGCUGGGGACUGCUGGAGUGCAUGCGCCAGGUUUCGUCGAGUCGGUCAACAUACGUCUUCGCCUUUUCAGUUUACUUUCGGCAGUAACAUGGUCACUACAGAAAUCAGCCGACCUCAAUCGCUUAUACGAAGAGUAUUGUGCGGCCCUGAAACGGUUACCCCUUCCCAUGUUUUCUCUUUUUGCUUGCCAACGACCAAACAUCCUCGUCUCCGAAGCACGCAUCACCAUUACCAAGGAGUUGUUUGACUUGUUACUACCGUCAUCCUACAAACUCCCUUCCAAAGUUGACAAGGAGGGUGAGUCAAAAGGGGCAUUGACCCUACCUAUGUUAGAGCACUGUUAUGUCGGCCACCCAGCCAACACUGUGGCGCUGGAUGAUAACGCAAAACUAUCUCUGGUUGUAGAAGACGCCAUACAGCUGUUAUGGGCCUGCGACUUGAUGGAGUAUUCAGAAGAUUUUGCAGAAGCUGUCGAGAAGGGCAUCAAGGCUCGGGAAACAAAGGCAAAGAAGCGGCGCACGGGGAAAAUGAAGGGCGACGAGACUGAUGUCCUUGCGGAAGACAUUCUUAUCAAUUCUGGCGAAAGAAUUCGGAUCCUACUUGAAGCUUUGAAGCUUGACCAGGAAGAGGCGUCAUGA